UCCUUUCAGGCGGUGAGAAUGUCGACUCCUGCAAGGAAGAGACUGAUGAGGGAUUUCAAGAGGUUGCAACAUGAUCCUCCUGCGGGAAUAAGCGGCGCUCCACAAGAUAAUAAUAUUAUGCUAUGGAAUGCUGUUAUAUUUGGACCUGAUGACACCCCAUGGGAUGGAGGUACGUUCAAAUUGACUCUUCAAUUUACAGAGGAUUAUCCAAAUAAGCCACCAACAGUGCGGUUUGUUUCUCGAAUGUUUCAUCCUAACAUUUAUGCAGAUGGAAGUAUUUGUUUGGAUAUUCUACAGAAUCAAUGGAGCCCUAUUUAUGAUGUAGCAGCUAUACUUACCUCUAUCCAGUCAUUGCUCUGUGAUCCCAACCCAAACUCUCCUGCAAAUUCUGAAGCGGCACGAAUGUUUAGUGAGAACAAGCGUGAAUACAACAGGAGAGUUCGUGAGAUUGUCGAGCAGAGUUGGACUGCUGAUUAAUUGCUCCUGCUUGGAUGCUACAAAACUUGUUAAGAUUCAGUCGAAAUGGCCUGUUUAAAUUACAGUUUAGAUUCUGAAAACUAAAUUGCUGCCACUCCAUAUUCUCUGAUUAUGUGAUAUGUUUGCUUGGCGUUCACGGACGCAUGUAUGGCCUGUAAUCUGUAUCCACUGGCCAUUUUCUUUACAUCUUGUUUUUUGUAGUUUUCCUUGCAUAGAAGUCUUUUUCUCUCAA